AAAUCGGAAGAUUUGUUGUCUCUGCACAUGUCCGUUCCGUUCGUCGAUUUGGGGAUUAGGGUUUCGGCGUCUCCCAUUUGAAUCGAAACCAACAGGCAUGGGGCGAUUGUACAUACAGCACCUGAGCGGAGAGAAGAUAUUCAAGUGCAGGUUCUGCAGGGUGGACUCGGCGUCCCACGACGACAUCUCUUCCAACGAAUUCCGCGGCCGAUACGGCCUCGCGUACCUCAUGACAAGAGUGGUAAACAUCUCCAUUGGACCCGAGGAACAACGUCAUUUAUCUAGCGGAUUACAUACCGUGAAUGAUAUUUAUUGUAGCUCUUGCCAACAGUUACUGGGAUGGAGAUAUGAGAAAGCUUAUGAAGAAAGUGAAAAAUAUAAAGAAGGAAUGUAUGUUCUGGAGAAAGAACGCACGUUGAGGGACGGUUGGUGAUCAAUAGUACAAUUACAACCAUUAUUGCUGGAACAGGAAGACAAAGUAAUGCAGCAACAUGCUUCUUUCAUGGUCGAGGAUGGCCAUCUUUGUGAAGCGUAUAUUAUUUUUGGGUCGAUAGUAAGGUAUAUCGUGGAUUCAGUUUGCCGAACUUCUGCAGAGGCUUUAUGGAACCCUGCUGUGACAAGUUCAACUGAUUUUGCCUUUAGUUUCUAGGAUGAAACUCUAGCAGAGAAAUUACAAUUGUGGCAAAAAAACGUCGAUAUAGCUUAGGGAUCAUACGUUAAGCUGGCAAAAUGGUCUGUCUAGUGGCAAUUUGUAUAUGUUGCAUGGACAGUUUUGUGUAUGAUAAUUAUGAUGCUAUAAGAGUGACUAUAUUUCCUCUUUAAAGACAGGACUACACAAGUUCCUGCAGAUUCUUACAUGAA